UACAGACAGAACGCCAACAGCACAGCGCAGAAGAGGAGGACAACGUGUUUCACUGUUUAGAAGAGGUGGCAGUGUCUGGGAAAAUGGCGUCCCUUCGUCUGCCUCCUCUACCAACCAUCGGUGAAAUCAUCAAACUGUAUAACCUGAGAGCUCAAAAGCAGCUUUCUCAGAACUUCCUGUUGGACUUGAGACUCACUGAUAAAAUCAUCAGGCAGGCAGGUAACCUGAGGAACGCAUGUGUGUGUGAGGUGGGACCCGGGCCUGGAGGACUCACCAGAUCCAUCCUCAACGCCGGUGCAGCUGAUGUCCUGGUGGUGGAGAAGGACUCACGCUUUAUACCUGGAUUACAGCUCUUAUCAGAGGCGGCUCCAGGGCGAGUCCGGAUCGUCCACGGAGACGUUCUUGCGUUCGGGAUGAGCUCGGCUUUUCCAGCACACCUCGCCAGGAACUGGGACGAUGAGCCUCCUGAUCUUCACAUAAUCGGGAAUCUCCCCUUCAGCGUCUCUACUCCACUCAUCAUUAAGUGGUUGGAGGAGAUGGCCGACAGGACCGGCCCGUUUGUGUACGGACGCACCAGACUCACUCUGACCUUCCAGAAGGAGGUGGCAGAGAGGUUAACGGCAGGCACUGGAAGCAGACAGCGCAGUCGUCUGUCCAUCAUGGCGCAGUACCUGAGCACCGUACACAACUGCUUCACCAUCCCCGGCCGAGCGUUCAUCCCCAAACCUGACGUGGACGUGGGGGUGGUACACUUCACUCCUUUGCCUCAGCCACACAUCCAGCAGCCCUUUAAGCUCGUGGAGAAAGUGGUCAAGAACGUCUUUCAGUUCCGCAGGAAGCACUGCCACAAAGGACUCGAGAUGUUGUUUCCUGAGGCUCACAGGCUCAGGAUGACUGAGCAGCUUCUGCGGCGCGCCGACGUGGACCCGACUCUCCGUCCUGCCGACCUCGCCAUCAGCCAGUUCAGAGCUCUAGCCGACGCCUACAGCCGGCUGUGCCGAGAAAACCCCUCACUGUUCAGCUACGACUUCAGAGAUGAGCUGAGGCAGAAACAUCAGAGUCACAGACGGAUAAAGAGAGGGAGAUGCUAAUGGUCACCACAGGACACAACACGGCGCCCUCAGUGGUGACGUUUUCAUUGAACGCUUUACACCUGUCCAUCCAUUCUGAAGUGUUGAGUUUAAAAUAAAAAAUGGGUUGGAGGUAAAAUGAUGUAUUUUAUUUUAUACAGCUGUGAAGAUUAUCUGUGCUAUUUAAUAAACUGCUGAAACACAAAGA